AUGGUCUUCCGGAUAGGCCGCCUCGGGCCGCGAAAACUGCUCGUGCUCACAUCCGCGGGCUUCCUGUUUGUUACAUUUAUCUUCCUCCUAACACCUAUUAUAUCACCGCUCCCACCAUAUACUGGUCCCUACGAGGUGGGAAUAUUGGAUGUCGAGACCCCAGUCGAGAAAAGAGUCGUACAUGAUGCGAUUCUCAAAGCCACCGGCGACAAGGCUUUUGAAUUGAAUACGCUAGCCAUCACCUUGUACUAUCCUUCUUCCUUGCCUCGGGCUCCACCUUCUCAGCGACCAUGGGCUCGACCUUGGCUUCCGCAGCCUGUAGGACUUAUUGGCGAGGGCUACGCGCGGCUUGCUGGGGUUCCUAGACUCUCUUCAGUUUUUACAUCUGCGCUAUGGCUGUUUGGUUCUAGCACCGUCAUCCCGGGUGUGGUUGAUGCGCCCAUCUUGUCAAGUGCCCGGUAUGUUCUGGGGAUGAAGAGCAGUAGUGAUGUUGAAUUGGAAAAGAUGAUGCGUGCUGCCGAGCAAGAGCAUCAGGAGCUGAAGCGCGACGGCGAGCUUGAUGCUUUGCCCUGUAUGGUAUUUACGCACGGCAUGGCCGGUAUGAGCCAGAGCUAUGCGCACUACCUUGGCAGUAUCGCAAGUCACGGAUACGUUGUCGCUGCUGUUGAACACCGCGAUGGAAGCGGCCCCGGUACUAUCAUCCACCAUCCAGACGGAAAAGAAGAAAAAGUGUGGCACAUGAAACUCGAGGAUCUAGAAGCCAAUCCACCCAUGACUGAGCUCGAUCUCAAAGCCGCCCAACUCAACUACCGUGAGGCAGAAAUCAGUGAGACAAUCAAGCUCUUCGCAAAACUCAACGCUGGAGAAGCCCCAGUCGUAAACCUCAAACCCGACUCCCCUCGCAACGCCCUCCCCGGCUUCAAGAAUCGACUCAAUCUCUCAGCCGUCACAGUCGGCGGCCACUCCUACGGUGCAACAGGCGCCAUGCAAGCCCUCAAAUCCGCAGGCACAAAAGCCAUGCCCAUCAACGGCGGCAUCGCCCUCGACCCAGGCAAAGGCUCCGGUCCCCUCAACAAAGACAUCGAUGUCCCGCUCCUCGUCAUGCAAAGCGGCGAGUGGACAGAAGAGAAAACACAAUUCUACGACCAAGGCUGGCACUUUAAUGUCGUCAAGAAUAUUGUCGAUAGCGUUAAGCAAGGCUGGUUCAUGACACUAAGCGGUACCGCGCAUCCCUCGUGUACCGAUGCCCCGCUUAUUGUGCCGCUGAUUAUGAAGCUCGUGUCUGGGACUACGCUGGAUAGUAGGACGGCGCUCCAUGAGUAUAUCGAUGCUUCUGUGGCUUUUCUGGAGUACUUGCGUACGGGCAAGAAGGAGGGUGUGUUGGGCAGCGCGGUGACGAAUGCAAAGGGCCCGUUUUUGGAGGGGGCAACAAGGGAGACGGUUAAGGGGCCGCAUGGGGCAAAGUGGGAGGUUCAUGUUGUGCCGAGUGAAGAGUAG